GAGGACAUAGCAAAUAUAGAUUUGCUAAAUUAAGAUUUUCGGUUGAUAGACAGAGACUCUCGUAAUAAAUCGUAUAAUAAGUGUUAAAAGGUAAGUAUCGUUAGUUUGGAGGUUUAGAGCAUGAAGGAUCAUGAUGAUAUAUACACGGGUAAAUUCCGGCCGUUAGCGUUGAAGAAUCCAUGUCGAGUUGACUUGGCUUGGUAGAGCGAGGAUUCCGAGGAAUCGGGAUGAGAAAAUCCCCAUCGAAAGAUGAGGAUGAUACUGGGCCUGGAAAGAGGGAGAAGCAAAAAGCCAGUGAACCUUUUUUUGGAUGGUUAAAGGGGUAGAAUGGAAGCCGUGGCGGUUUGCCGUUUAUCGUAGGAACACUCCAAACAGCAAGCGGUCUGUAGUGGAUCUGCACGCCUCCCCCCAUUGUUACUCAUCUUUCUUCUUUUCCCAAACCACAUCCAGACCUUCUUCUCUCAAAACAACACUUGAGUCCGGUUAAGUAUCCGAGAUUCAAGAUCUGAAGACUGUCUUGGUCUUCUGUAUCACAAUUUAACCCCAGUGUUGGCAGUCCCCCUUGCCCGCUCCCAUCCAUACUCCGAUCUCAUACCCCGCCGCAAUGUCGACCUCUGCCCGUCGUCGUCUCAUGCGCGACUUCAAGCGUAUGCAAACCGACCCUCCUGCCGGUGUCUCGGCCUCCCCGGUAGCUGACAAUGUGAUGACCUGGAAUGCCGUUAUUAUCGGCCCUGCUGAUACGCCCUUUGAGGAUGGCACAUUCCGGCUUGUCAUGCACUUUGAAGAACAGUACCCGAACAAGCCCCCUGGUGUUAAAUUCAUCAGCCAGAUGUUUCAUCCCAAUGUAUACGGCACGGGCGAACUGUGCCUGGAUAUUUUGCAAAAUCGUUGGAGCCCAACGUAUGACGUGGCGGCCAUUCUCACCAGUAUUCAAAGUCUGCUUAAUGACCCAAACACAUCAUCACCUGCCAAUGUCGAGGCAUCCAAUCUCUACAAAGACAACCGGAAGGAGUACGUCAAGCGCGUGCGUGAGACUGUCGAGAAGAGUUGGGAAGACUAGGGGACCCUACAUGUGAUAUUGGUUAUUUCUCUUAAUUGUUUUCUAUUCCCUUCUCUUGGUAUGAUUUAUCUGUGGGCGUUUAUGACGAAACAAAUAUUGUCUGCUCAUGUCAAAAGGUGACAGCAUACUGUCAAUGGUGGCGGACACGCCGUUGGCAUGACUUGUCCUUGGAGGAUUCACACGCCGUUUGAUGACAUGCACAGCGCGGGGUUUGGGCGCCUGGUACAUAUUCUCCCUUUGGUCUCUUUUUGUGGAUAAUCGCAUAUGUUUCAGUUGCGAGGUGCAUAAUGCAUUAGCUUAUGAUGUUUUCUGCCUCAAUUUUGUCUUGCUGUCUAUUAGUCUUUCCCUUCCCGCUCUGCUUCACUUUGACUUAACCGAUAGCGUGGUUUGCUUUCGCCUCCUGAGUCUUUUAUGGGACCAUUCUAAAUGCUGCCCACAUUUCAUUAGUGAAAAUUAAAUAAACCUUAUCAUU